GUGCAUGCAUAGGUUGGCCUUUCUUCGGGACGGGUUGAAUGAAGUGUACGAUAUCCAUCCAUCGGUCGGUCGGUUUCCUCAGACCCCCCGCCGGUGCCACUACUUAUGAAAGACCCGCGGCUUUCUUCCCCCCGCCCGGGUCUGCGUGAGCUGAGCCCGGUCGGUGCCCGGCACGGCUCCAUGGAAUGGAGUCAGUCGAGGUUGAGGUUAAUCCAUCCGCCGUUCGCCGUUUCAGUCGCAUACGCACGGCUUUUAGUGUACCUAUCUAUAUUCUAUUUAUCUUCCUUACUGGUCGGCAUAUCUCCGUUGCUGCUCUUUUCCUCUUUCUUCAGUUACUGUUCCUGUUCCUUCCCCCUUUUUCUUCUUUUUUUUUUUCUUCUCUCUUUCCUUGCUCUUUUCCUUCUACUCCUGGGGAAUGGGUAGAUUUCUAUCGUGCAUGUGUACAUACUCGUUUUGUGGCAUUAGCUAUCCACCGCUAUGUUCACCGACUUUGGGGACGGGAAAAGUAUCAUUAUCAUUAUUAUUGUUGUUGUUGUUACUACUACUGGAUAUGGAUGUGGUUUGCGCUGCUUGGGGGAUGGGUGCAAGCAACUAGCUGGAUAAAUAAAAUAAAACUCAUUUGCAUUCUCAGGAUAUAUCAAGAUUCAGUCGAGAUUGAUUGAACAUUGGAGAGAACAUUUAUAAUUAAUCAAUAAAUCUCCGUAGUGCCGGUGGGGUAAUUGAUGUGUCCGUUCGGGCUUGUUUCCUUGUCUUGUCUUGUCUUGUCUCACUUCAAUUUGCUUUCUCCGCG